AUGUUCUGUUCACUGGAUUUUGGUAGUGAUAUAUAUUCUCUCCCCAUAUCCCUCUCUCUCUGUAUCUAUCUCUCUCUCAUUUUCCUCUGUCUUUCUCUGUAUCUCCUCCUCCUCUGCUCUCCACUCUUUUCUCUUUCUCUCUCUGUACCUCACUCUCUCUUUUUCUUUCCUACUUCCCUCUCUCUGUAUUUCUCUCUCCUCCUCCUAUCUCCUACCUUCCUUCCUUUUUCUUUCUCUGUAUCUCACUCUCCUUCUUUCCCACUUCCCCCUCUGUAUCUUUCCCUCCUUCUCCUCUCUCUCCUUUCCAUGUUUGCCUUUCUUUCUCUCUCUCCUUCUUUCAUACUUCCCAUCUCUCUCUGUAUCUCUCCCUCCUCCUAUCACUUUCCCUUCUUUCUCUUUCUAUCACUAUCUCUCUGUCCUUUUUCCCACUUCCCUCUCUCUCCCUGCUUUCUCUGUAUCUAUCUCUCAACUCUGUUUACCAUGUUGUUAAUUUUUUUAUCAUUUCCCUCCACGUAA